UUCUCACAGGUAAUCAAUCCAAAAACCAGCGUGCCAAAGCGUUUCCCCAGGGCUCUCUCCGGACUCAAGCACUGCGUAAAGGGGUCUGUCUGAGCCCAGUCUACUUCCGGUGGGGAAGGGAAAGGGAAGACACCACCGGAAGCAAGGAAGUUGCUGUGUAAUCAUUAAGGAGCGGAGGCUUUUGGAGCUGCCAAAAUGCCGGAUUACCUCGGUGCCGAUCAGCGGAAGACCAAAGAGGAUGAGAAGGACGACAAGCCCAUCCGAGCUCUGGAUGAGGGGGAUAUUGCCUUGUUGAAAACUUAUGGUCAGAGCACUUACUCUAGGCAGAUCAAGCAAGUUGAAGAUGAUAUUCAGCAACUUCUCAAGAAAAUUAAUGAGCUCACUGGUAUUAAAGAAUCUGACACUGGCCUGGCCCCACCAGCACUCUGGGAUUUGGCUGCAGAUAAGCAGACACUCCAGAGUGAACAGCCUUUACAGGUUGCCAGGUGUACAAAGAUAAUCAAUGCUGAUUCGGAGGACCCAAAAUACAUUAUCAACGUAAAGCAGUUUGCCAAGUUUGUGGUGGACCUUAGUGAUCAGGUGGCACCUACUGACAUUGAAGAAGGGAUGAGAGUGGGUGUGGAUAGAAAUAAAUAUCAAAUUCACAUUCCAUUGCCUCCUAAGAUUGACCCAACGGUUACCAUGAUGCAGGUGGAAGAGAAACCUGAUGUCACAUACAGUGAUGUUGGUGGCUGUAAGGAACAGAUUGAGAAACUGCGAGAAGUAGUUGAAACCCCAUUACUUCAUCCAGAGAGGUUUGUGAACCUUGGCAUUGAGCCUCCCAAGGGCGUGCUGCUCUUUGGUCCACCCGGUACAGGCAAGACACUCUGUGCACGGGCAGUGGCUAAUCGGACUGAUGCGUGCUUCAUUCGAGUUAUUGGAUCUGAGCUUGUACAGAAAUACGUCGGUGAGGGGGCUCGAAUGGUUCGUGAACUCUUUGAAAUGGCCAGAACAAAAAAAGCCUGCCUUAUCUUCUUUGAUGAAAUUGAUGCUAUUGGAGGGGCUCGUUUUGAUGAUGGUGCUGGAGGUGACAAUGAAGUGCAGAGAACAAUGUUGGAACUGAUCAAUCAGCUGGAUGGUUUUGAUCCUCGAGGCAAUAUUAAAGUGCUGAUGGCCACUAACAGACCUGAUACUUUGGAUCCAGCACUGAUGAGGCCAGGGAGAUUGGAUAGAAAAAUUGAAUUUAGCUUGCCCGAUCUAGAGGGUCGGACCCACAUAUUUAAGAUUCACGCUCGUUCAAUGAGUGUUGAAAGAGAUAUCAGAUUUGAAUUGUUAGCACGACUGUGUCCAAAUAGCACUGGUGCUGAGAUUAGAAGUGUCUGCACAGAGGCUGGUAUGUUUGCCAUCAGAGCACGGCGAAAAAUCGCUACCGAGAAGGAUUUCUUGGAAGCUGUAAAUAAGGUCAUUAAGUCUUAUGCCAAAUUCAGUGCUACUCCUCGUUACAUGACAUACAACUGAACCCUGAAGGCUUUCAAGUGAAAACUUUAAAUUGGAAUCCUAAUCUUAUAUAGACUUGUUAAUAACCACUUCAUAAACAAAUAAAUGGCUUCAAAAUUGUAUGCUUUUUUCCAUAUCUCUUCUUGUAAUAUAAUAAAUGGUGAUCUCUAAUGUUAUUAGGCAGAAAAGCUUGUUAGAAUAUAUUUUGACUGUUUUUUUGACCCACUCCCAUUUAAGGAUUUCACAUCAUACAAAGUGCUUGCUUAGAUGCCUUAUAUCCUAGGCAUAUGCUGGCUGGGUGCUCUACAUAUAAAUUCUCAUUGUAUCUUCCCAUCUGUCCAUUGAGGAAGAUUAUCAAAUGCAUCUUCAUCCAAUGGAUGCAUAAACUUUCCUACUUACUUGUAGUGCCAAAGCUGGGUUUCAAGUCCAAGUUUGUCGGCUCCAUUACCUAUGCUCCUAUUAUCCACUUCUGUCCCGCAUCAAAGUAGCUCACUUAGGCAUAUGACCACAUGUAUUAUGAUAGUUUCCCAUCACCAUAUUGAAUAAUAAAAGCUUUGGCCAAACCUUUUUUAAAGUAGGAGAAACGUUGGAUGUAUAUGUUUUGCAUUGCCAUUUGAUUUCAAAUUAAUCAGGAAGAAUUAGUGAUUUUAAUGACCAGUAAAGUGGUGCAAUAAAGCAGAAAGAAAAAUGUUCAGCCAGAGGUGAAAGACUAGUAAAAAAGAAAAAAAAAAAAUGUGUGUACAUAUGAUCUAAUUUAGAAAGUCUAGAAUUGGCUUCAUACAGAAAAGUGAUUACUUUCAUUUUACAAAUUAGUUUAAAAUUUUGGUAAAGUAUCUAUUAGGCUUCUGGUCUACAGUGAGGUAUUUUAAAAAUAAAGGUUAUAUUAGAAUCCUCAACAGAUCUCUUUAAAAUUAUCUCCUGUGUAACCGCCACCAAAUCCUAUCUUCUACCACAAUUACCCCUUCCCCCAAUGCCAAGACCAAAGCACAAUAAUGAAUAUUUUUAUUGAAGUUCGAUAUUCAUAAAUAAGUUGCAAAAUAGAGUUGGAUACAUUUUUAAUUCAUAAUAGAAAAAGUUGACAACAUAGAAAAUGCUGCUUUGCACUGAAAUACUUAAAAUUAUGAAAGUUUUCAAGUAAAGAAAUUAAAGCCCUUUAUAAAAUCCAACCAACAUUCUUGAUUUUUCAUUUUUAUGAACUUGAUCAGAAUUCAUCUUUUUUAACCCUGCCCUAGUCUUUCUUGAGGAAUUAAAUAGAGCAAACUAUUUUCAGGUUAUGCUUACAAUAAAAUAUACUUAAGAAAAUGACUGAAGAUGUAUGUUUUUGAAUGUUUUGAUUAAAUAAAUGUACGCAUUUAGAACA